AUGAAACAUAAUCCUUCCUAUUUUACCAUUCCCGGAGGAACGACCUCGAGCGUGGGUAAUCGAGGGGGAAGAUUUUCAUUAAUAAGGAAACACGUUAGAAUGGGCACUGGCUCAUCGUCGGCAUCGGCAAAUAAUUCAUCGUCGAAUAAAAAUAAAAAAGGUGAACGUUAUUCGGUGUUACCGUCGAGCACGAACAAUAUGAAUUCAACAACGACAAAUUCUACGUCGAAAUCAAGGAGUUUUCGUUCGUUGCUUCAAACAAACAAUUUUGAAAAUCCAAUACAAACGCAAAUGUUCGUUUUGGGAAUGCCUAGACCAUCGGACAUAGCACCAUCGAUUCAACAAAUGUCUCAUUCGCCUAAAAAACAUCACAAUAGAAAUGCGAGCACGGGUAAAACAUUUGGACUGUCGACAAACGACGUAGUCAAUACAACUUCUCGAUCUCAUAAACAAAUUGAUCUCGUACAAGAUGAUGUGAUACCAUCAUCCACGGACGCGGAUCGAUACUAUAACAACUCGAAUCAAAAUGGUAAUUUUUUCCAAAGUGGAAGGCGACAUUCCAUCGGUGCUUAUUUCAAUCGUAAAACGAAUGGUGGUAAUCUUACGAGAAAGGAACCCUCACAAAUCGAAGAGGAAACAAGCUUUUCUAACGACACGACGUCGAAAGUCGAUUUCACGUUUUCGACAACGAAAUUGGAAAACGAUGAUAAGAAACCAUCGAAGGAAAAUUCCGGAAACCGGAAAAAUUGUUGCACCUGCCAAGGACCAAAAGAUUCGAAUGAAUGA